CCCAGCUUUCCUCCUUCCAGUCGAGAAGGGGAGGGGAGGGGAGGAGGGGAGGAGUCCGCCGCGGCUGGCUCCUCCUCCAGGAUCCGUCCCUCCCGCCGUCUUCUCUGUGCCACCCGACUGGCUCUUAGUUUGGUGCCGCUCCAGACUCAUAAUGCUUCUGAAUACUGAACAAGUAAAUCUAACUGGACAAGUCUUUGAGUCAUAUAUUUUGGAACACCACAAAAAUGGCCUCUUGCAGAUUUUAAGAGAAAAAGACGAUGAUGCUCAUUACUCAAUUAUUAUUGAUGCUCUGACACUUUUUGAGACCAACAUGGAAAUUGGUGAAUAUUUCAAUGCGUUUCCUAAUGAAGUACUCCCCAUCUUUGAUAAUGCAUUGCGGAGGACAGCUUUGUCAGUUUUUCAGUCUUUUCCUCAAGGUCAGGAUGUCAGCAUUAAGCAGAAUCUUCAUGCCAGAAUCUCAGGUUUGCCGGUUUGCCCAGAGCUAACAAGAGAAAACAUCCCAAAGACCAAAGAUGUGGGACACUUCCUAUCGAUCACUGGGACUGUUAUUCGUACCAGCCUCGUGAAGGUCCUGGAGUUUGAACGAGACUACAUGUGCAACAAAUGCAAACAUGUGUUUGUAGUCAAGGCUGACUUUGAACAGUACUAUACUUUCUGCCGUCCAUCAACCUGCCCUAGUGAAGAAGGCUGCAAUUCAUCCAAAUUCACUUCUCUCUCAGGAAUAUCAUGCGCUGCCAACAGUUGCAGAGACUAUCAAGAAAUCAAGAUUCAGGAGCAGGUUCAAAGGCUAGCAGUAGGCAGUAUCCCUCGUUCUAUGAUGGUCGUUCUUGAAGAUGACUUAGUUGACAGUUGUAAAUCUGGUGAUGACAUAACAGUUUAUGGAAUAGUAAUGCAGAGGUGGAAACCUUUUCACCAAGAUGCACGAUGUGAUGUAGAAAUUGUCUUGAAGGCCAAUUAUAUUCAAGUGAACAAUGAGCAACUGACAGGACUUAUUAUUGAUGAGGAGAUUCGCAAAGAAUUUGAAGACUUUUGGGGGAAACAUAGAAGUGAUCCCUUAGCAGGAAGAAAUGAAAUUUUAGCAAGCUUGUGCCCUCAGGUUUUUGGGUUGUAUCUUGUGAAGUUGGCUGUAGCCAUGGUGCUUGCAGGAGGUGUUCAGAGAAAAGAUGCUGCAGGCACUCGAGUUAGAGGUGAAUCUCAUCUUUUAUUGGUUGGAGACCCUGGGACAGGAAAAUCUCAGUUUCUGAAAUAUGCAGUAAAGAUUACCCCACGAUCUGUACUUACAGCAGGAAUUGGAUCCACAAGUGCAGGUUUGACAGUAACUGCUGUGAAGGACUCUGGAGAAUGGAAUUUGGAAGCAGGGGCACUGGUGCUGGCUGAUGGAGGCCUUUGUUGUAUUGAUGAAUUUAACAGCAUCAAGGAACAAGACAGAACCAGCAUUCAUGAGGCAAUGGAACAACAAACUAUCAGUGUCGCCAAGGCAGGCAUAGUGUGCAAAUUGAACACAAGGACCACUAUACUGGCAGCAACCAAUCCAAAAGGCCAGUAUGACCCUAACGAAUCUGUUUCUGUGAACAUCGCGCUUGGCAGUCCUCUGCUUAGUAGGUUUGACCUCGUUUUGGUAUUGCUGGAUACAAGAAAUGAAGAAUGGGAUCGCAUAAUUUCUUCUUUCAUACUGGAAAAUAAAGGUUGCCCAAGGGUUUCUGAAAAGCUGUGGACAAUGGAAAAAAUGAAAACGUAUUUCUGUCUUAUAAAGAACUUACAGCCAGUGUUGACUGACAAAAGCAACCUAAUUCUUGUCCGCUAUUACCAAAUGCAGCGGCAAAGUGAUUGUAGAAAUGCUGCCCGAACUACCAUCCGCUUAUUGGAAAGUUUGAUACGAUUAGCUGAAGCACAUGCCCGAUUGAUGUUUAGGGAUAUUGUGACUGUGGAAGAUGCAGUAACUGUGGUUUCAGUGAUGGAGUCGUCUAUGCAAGGGGGUGCACUUCUUGGAGGCGUGAAUGCACUGCACACUUCAUUUCCUGGAAACCCGGUAGAACAAUAUCGAAUGCAGUGUGCACUGAUCUUGGAGAAGCUGGAACUGCAAGACAUUCUGCACGAUGAACUCCAAAGACUUGACAGAUUGCAGCAUGAAAAUUCAUGCCAUUUUCAUCAGUCCCAGGAGGCAAAGAACAAUGGUCCUGAGGCAUCUUUUAACAAUAACACACUUGAAAAACCAGAAGAAACGUCUCAGCAGCAAUAUUCAGAUGGAAUGGACGAUACUGAAGUCCACCCUCACUCAGCCAAAAGAGACCCUAAAGAUGCUGAGCACCCAGGAGGAUUCUUAAGUAACCAAACAUCCUAUGUAUCAUCACAACAGAAAAAAAUUAGUGAGAAUGCCAGGGAUGGUGGCUUACGCUGGUUUGACAGUAUAGUGGGUGGCAGUGCUGAAACUGAGAAGAGCAUUUGUGAGCCUCCAUUUGCCAGAACUUCUCAAGAUAGUUUGACUUUGAAAGCAGCGAAGACUGAACCCCAUUCUAAAGAUAAAAAUUAUUUAAUAGAAACUAAGCACCCUGAGAUAGGAGAAUCACUGACAACCAAAGCUCCAGGGGAUACGUGCAGACAGGUAAUUGUUUCUGGCCAGGUGGGGGGAAAUGAAGAAAAGCCUUUAAGUUUCUCUGCAGAAACAAACGACAAAAGCCCUGGUGCAGCAUUUCCAACACUACCUGAUCCGGUGAUUACUCAAACAGCAUCUAAGAAGUGGCAGCAGUUGAACGUUGAAAAGGCUCGUGGAUUUUGUGCAAGUACACCAGAUCCUAAGACUGGAAGUGGUCUUGCUCCAUUUUCUCCCCAUUCAACAGUUGUUUCACAAUUACCUACGAAGGAUAUGAGUGUUUUUCCAUUGUACAAUAUGUCGACAAAUCAGAGCUUGGUGACUUCAAUCAAGAAACGAAGUAGGGAUCACCUAAAUGAAGGAGGCAUGACAGGAGGUUUUGGUGAGCCUGAAAUCCAAGAGAAAUCUGGGCAAAAAGUUGCUAAACUAGCCAAGUUUUUAUUUAGACCAAAGUCAAAGCUUGUUAGCUGUUCUGAAAAUGAGAAUGAGGCCAGAUUGCUGGGCACAGUUUGCAGCCCUCAAAGUAUUGUUAGAAAUGUAUCAGAGAGAGAACAGGCCAGGGAGGAAGGUUCUAACACAUACCAGAAAGAAUGCAGUAUUCUCAAUGGCAAUAUGAGCAUGAAGAAAAGCCCCUGUAAUAAAAACAGAGAAAAGCAGCAGCAAAGGAAAGCGUUAUCUCCCCCUUCUACGAAAGCAAAAGGAUUGGGAGAAGAAACAGUGGAAGGACUCAACACAAAGAAAGUGUGCUCCAGUACACUGGCAAAAUUAGCCCUGUUUUCCUUCAAACCAGCUGAUGAAUCCAAACCAGAGAAUGCACCUUCCUUAACUAUCACCAGCAGUGACAUGGAAAUGGAGAGGCUUCCAUUGAAGAACCACACUGAAAGUGCAGGUCACUCGAGGAAAUGCUUUGAGGUGGGAGAAGUCAGCAAAGUUACAGGGAAAUCUUUGUUUUCACUACUAGAUUUUGAUGACACAGCUCUAGAGUUUGAUUGGGAUGAAAAAAUUAAGAAAACUCCCAAACCUUAAAAACAUCAGCUACCUCUUUAAUUUUUUAAGUAAUUUUGUUAUCAAUUUAAUUUUUGUGUUUGGCAGGAGGCCAUAAAUACGAUAAAAUCUAACCUCACAUAAAAUAAUAGGAUAAAGACUAAGCACUAUACAAAAAUCUAACUCACUACACAAAAAUUUAACUGCUAGAGUUAAAAAGUGUACAUCUAAAUCUAGCAGACCUAGCAUGGAGUCAUUGAGUCCAGUACAACAGCAGCUGACUUGCAGAAAACAACACUCCACAGCUUAAACCUCCACAGCAUUCCUACUCUUUUGCAGUUUUUGUCUAGUUGAGCAUAACUAUUUGAAUUAUGUAAUAACUCCGUUUUAAGCCUAAUUCCAUCUUCAGCUAUCAUUUGAAGAAUAAUGUGAUGAUGCAGCAGAGUUUUUCUAAUUUUGUUCUUCUAGCAGUUCACAUGCGUGAUUUCAUGUUGGUAGCAUUACCUGGAAGGGUUAGGUCCACUUACUUAAGUCCUUCUGUGAAAUAAAUUAAACAAAAUCACGCUUGAAAAAAUGCUUCUCUGAGCUGUUUCUCUGUCUUUUACAAAUGUCAUCCUCAGAUUACCAGUUGCAGAUAUGAUUACCUUGCAAAAAGUUGCUUUAAAUCUGGGGGGGGGGGGGGUUCAAAUUGUAUUAAUAAACAUUUUCUCAUUUCUGAUUUUGCAGCUUUCCAUGCAGAGAAUAUGAGAGUAAAAUCUAGUAAAGCAGAAUAAACUAAAGCUUCUUAGUUCCACAGAACUUUAUUUCUUUUUGUUAUAUAUUCCCCUCCCCAUAAAAUCCUUUCACUGUUGCACUAGGUAAAGAGAAUGGAUGGUUUUCAUACAUAUUCAUUCAAGAAGGUACUUGCAGUUUCCAGUGGAAUUAGAGGGCUUAUUCCUGUUUGGGCUUUAUAACUAUUGCAAGUAUGUCUUACUAUUGUACUUCAGUUUUAAAAAGCACUCUCCAUUUCUUUCCUCUGGUAAAACUAGCAUGUUCCUUCAUGGUUUUGAUCCAAGUAUUUAAUGUUAAUAUAGUUUCAUAUUUCUGUGUAUGAGAGGGGGGGGAACUAAGUAUUCCACAGAUGUCUUGAAGGAAAGAAAGUUAUUCUUGUCUGUUAAUACAUAGAUGAUCAUUGCCCAAAUAAUAUGUAAGUAGGGAUAUGAAACACUGUGUGCACUUAGGCUGUGAUCUUGCUCAGUAGCUGGAACAUCAGCUGCCUGCCUGGCACUUCUCCAUUGCUGAAUCGCCUCCUAACGGGCCUGAAGUCUCUGUUGCUCUCACCAGGUAGGGAUAGAUCCUGGGGGACUAAUUGUCCAGUACCUGGCCCUACAAGGCAAGGAAUGGCUGCCCUGACUUCUGGCAUGUUGGUAGCAUUAACUGGAGGAGUAGGUCCUUCAACUGAGGCCUUCUGUGUCUGGAAGCUGUUGGUGUCUGGAGGGGUCCAGUGGUAUCAGGUGCCUCCUUAGCUUCCUUGUCUUCCCUUAGAGUGGUCCCUGGCUCCUCCUGAACAUCAUCUGAAGAAUCUGUUUCUUGAUAGCAGCAGAGAUGUUGACAUGGAUGUUUGCCUAGUCCAGUGCCUCAGCAUAGAGCAAAGCUAGAUAAUAGCUGGCCUGGUGGCCCUCUCACCCUUCCUAGCACCAGAGAGGUACAAGCAGAGAUUGUAUGCCAGACAGAGAUAGGCAUCUUGGAACUGCAUCCGACUUUCUAACCUAAAAGCUCACUAGUUUUUUGUAACUACAUUCUGAGAUAGAAGUAUGGCACUUCCCUCGCCUACAGAUAAAACCUAAUUUUUUCCCCAAAAAAUUAAGCUAAUCCCGAAUCUUUCUGUAUACUUUUUUAGGCCUCAUGACAGCAAGCCAUUUCCACACAGUAUGUAUUGCAACAAUGGUAGUUGUACUUACUGCAUAAAUACAGUUCCCAACCGUUGGUCAGGGUCACCUGUUUAUAACCAGUAUGGGAGGAAGAGUGGCAAUCGAGCAUGGACUGUGAUGGAAACUACAAGGCUGCAGUCCACGCCUGAAAAGACUUUGCCCCCUGAACCAAACUUCACCAAACCUGGGUGGUAUCAUCAGAAGAGUCUCCCAAAAAAUCCCUGAAAUUUUGGUGCUGCUCACCUAAAAGCUGUGUUCCCUACAGGCCAAAAACUAAAAAAAACCUAAAAAUACAAAAAAACACAAAUGGUGGGCGGAGCUUCGGACAUGUAAUGAGGGGGUUGAACCUGGGAACCCCCCACUUACCUAUGUCCUUGCCUCCUGCCCUGUGAUUGUUUUCUUUGGUUCCCAGUAGUGCCACUGCUAAGGACUUCAAUCCAAUGCAGAUACAUUAAACCAGGAGAAAAUUUUACCAGUUGGCAGUUGUGUGUGUAUUUUUUAAAUUCGCCCGCAAUAAACUUCCUGAAUUA